CAGAUUAUUUUCUUCCAUGGGCUCGGAGAUACAGGCCAUGGCUGGGCCAGUUCAAUGGGUGCUGUGCGAUCUUCGCACAUUAAAGUCAUUUGUCCAACCGCUCCUACAAUGCCGGUAACUUUAAACGCUGGAUUCCGGAUGCCUUCCUGGUUUGACCUGAAAUCCCUGGACGCAACUGGUCCAGAAGAUGAAGAAGGUAUCCGCAAAGCUGCGGAAUUGGUUCAUUCGAUGAUUGCGGAAGAAGUGGCAAAAGGAAUACCAACCAAAAGAAUUGUUCUCGGCGGAUUUAGCCAGGGCGGUGCCCUGGCACUGUAUAGUGCUCUUACAUUUCCUGAACCUUUAGCUGGUGUGAUAGCCUUAUCUGCUUGGCUUCCGUUGCAUCAGAAAUUCCCUGCGGCAGCGGUAGGAAACAAAGACACACCAUUAUUGCAGUGUCAUGGUGACUGUGACCCAAUUGUACCAUACAAAUGGGGUCAGAUGACGGCAACUCUUUUGAAGCAGUUCAUGACCCAGACGGAAUUCAAAACCUAUGGAGGGGUAAUGCAUACGUCCUCUGACGAGGAAAUCCGGGACAUGAAGAAAUUUAUCGAAAAAGUACUGAAGUAAAGCGUUUUAAAUCAAUUUUGCAUUUAUAACUUAAUCGCCGCCCUUACCGUACAUUUACUAAGUACUGAAAGAAAUCCAUUUCCAAAAUUUAAUAAUGCAUACUUUAAUCUAGCAACUCGUUGACGAGAGUAAAAGAAAAAAUAGGUGAAAAAUCCAUCAUCUCUAAGAAUAAGGAUUAUGUAUAGUGAGCAGUAAAAUGUCUUUCUAUGAUAAUAACAGUAA